AUGCUGGAUACCAAGAGUAUCUUCGGAGUUGACGGCAUCGUCGCCGUCGUGACCGGCGGAGGCACAGGCAUCGGCUGGAACAUGGCCGAAGCUCUUGCCGUCAACGGUGCUCGCAAGGUGUACAUCCUCGGUCGUCGCCCCGAUGUGAUCAAGCAGGCCGCCGCCAAAUACCCAGAUGUCAUGGUCCCCAUCGUGUGCGAUGUGAUUUCGAAAGAAUCCCUCCAGUCUGCCGUAGACCAGGUUUCCAAGGAGACCGGAUACAUAAACCUCCUGAUCGCCAACAGCGGCAUCGGCGGACCGAAGAACAACUACGAUUUGUCCCUGUCCGUGUCCGACCUGCGCGCGAAGCUUCUCGGCCCCUCCAUGGAAGACUUCACCCAGACGCUCCAUGUGAACGUCACCGGGGCGUGGUUCACCAUGGCCAGUUUCCUCGAGCUGCUGGACGCGGGCAACAAGCACGCCGUGUCUGGUGCGGCCGGGGCCUUCGGUGCGCCGGUCGAGGGGGCCAAGCACCCAAGCAUUCAGAGCCAGGUCGUCUUCACAGCGAGCCUGGCGUCUUUCUCAAGGAGCUGGUUCACGGCCCCUGCGUAUGGGGCUAGCAAAGUCGCCAUCCUGCACCUCAUGAAGCAGGCCUCCACGAACCUGGCUCCGUACGCAAUUCGAGCCAAUGCUCUCGCACCGGGACUCUUCCCGUCGGAAAUGACAACCACAUUGUUGAACGGCCGCAACCCGGAUCAGGAGACACAGGAUAACCCUAUCUGGAUUCCCACGCAGAAGUUCGGCGGCCCUCAGGAAAUGGCUGGGGCGAUCUUGUACCUGGCGAGUCGCGCCGGUUCGUUCACCAACGGGAAUGCCAUUCUGAACGAUGGCGGCCGUGCAGCAAUCAUCCCGUCGACCUAUUGA